AAAAAGUGCUGCAGGUAUUGGCCGAAAACGGCGUCGUUCCAUGACUCGUCUCCCUGCUUCGUUCAUAUCUCUAGGGUUUUGCUGCUCCGAAGGUCCAGAGUGGAGGGGAAAAAAAAAUUCCACAAAAGGAAUCAAAUCGAAAAUCCGAAACAUACCCACACAAAAACUCAACAUCCUCAUUCUCUCAGCUCUGUUUGGUUGCCCAGAAAAGUUUUCUCCGAAACCAAACAGUGGGUUAUGUCAUGCAUUUCUGUUGUUGCAAUCAAUCAAUAUGUGUGGGAUAGCUAUAUUGGGUCGAUACUCUGUUCUUGCUUUUCCUGGAAAUGAAUUUCUGUACAGUUGCUGUAGGAAAGCCUUCACAUGGGAUUUGCAACAGAAGAGGAUGCAGGGUUAUGCCACAUCGGGUUGCAUUAAGGAAGCUAUCGAGACUUUGAAUUUCAUGAGGAAUGUCCCUGGGAAACCGACUGUGUAUGAUUAUAAUGCUUUAAUACAUUGUUAUUCAAAAUCAAAACAUGUGUUGUUGGAAGAAUUGGUUGGUGUUUACGUUGCGAUGAAAAGGUUUGGGCCUUACCCAAAUGCAUCAACCUUCAAUACCCUUUUGAAUGGGAUGCUUUCGCACGGUAACAUUAAAGAUGUGUUUAUUAUUGCAGAGGAAAUGUGCACAAGUGGAUUUAUACCUUCAUUUAGUUUUUUGUCGAAAUUGUUGAAGAAGUCAUUAAAAUCUGGAUAUCUAAUUGAUGCACUUCGUGUAUUCAAGUUAAUGUUGAGACUGGACUAUUGUCCAGCUGAACCCAAUUUGAAUUUGUUGAUUGUUUGUCUUAGCAAAGCUGGGAUGAUUACCGAGGCAUUUUUUGUGUUCUCUGUUCUUCUUGAACGGGACUCUUUUCGAGGUGCUUAUAGUUAUAAUCCAAUAUUAUGGGCUCUGUGCAAGUCUGGUCAGAGCUAUACUGCCUUGGCAUUGUUUUAUUCUUUAAAGAAGAAGGGCCUUGCACACAAUGUGUGUUCAUAUACUGCUCUGGUUUAUGGGUUUAGUAGGGAAAGAUUAUGGGAAGAGGCUUUUCGUUGUUUAGCUGAAAUGCAAACUUGCAGCUGUAAGCCUAAUGUGAUAACAUACACUGCAGUUGUUAAGUUUCUUUGUGAUGAUGGGAAAAUUGAAGAGGCAUUAGGCCUUUUGGAUAAGAUGGAGAAGGAAGGAUGUGAUCCGGAUUUAGUCACAUACAACAUAAUUCUCCACAAACUUUGUCACCAAAGUAGGGUUGCUGAAAUUGGUGAGCUUGUUCGGGUUAUUGAUCAAAAGGGAUUAUAUCCUGAUCCAUUCACUCAUGCUGCUUUGGCUGGCGGCCUGUUAAAAGGGGGGAAAAUAGGGGUUGCCACUAAAUUCUUGCUUGACAUUAUUUCAAGGGGAUGCACUGUAGAUGUUGUAAUUUACAAUAUAUACUUUAAUAUUCUAUGUCACGAGAAUAGAUCAAGUGAAUCAUUAUCUCUGUUGAGGAGUAUGAUGGAAAUAGGUUUUAGACCAAAUAAUGUAUCAUAUAACACAAUUUUGAAAGGCUUUUGCAAGGACAACAUUGAUGAAGCUCUGGAACUUUUUGAUCAUAUAGAGUGGGGUGUGAAUGGACCUGACAUAGUUUCAUUCAAUACAAUUUUGUCUGCAGCCUGCAAACAAGGAAAUUCUCCAAUGAUUCGAAGGAUCUUUUAUCGGAUGGAGUAUGAAGGUAUUAAGCUUAAUGUAGUUAGUUCAACUUGUUUGAUUCAAUAUUUUUGCAUGGUUGGAAAGAUUCCGGAGAGCUUGAAGUUGCUGGAAGCUAUGACAUCAAAUGGUCCCAGUCCUACUAUAGUGACUUUUAAUACACUUAUGAGCAGCCUUUGCAAGAAUCAGCUACUUGGAAUUGCACUCCGGAUUUUCAAAUACUUGAAAGGAACUGGAUUAUUACCUGAUAUGAUAGCUUAUAAUAUUCUCAUACGUGCUUCCAUAAGAGAAGGCAAUGAUCAGCUGAUGGGUCAGUUGUUAAGAGAGAUGUCUAGCCUAAGUUUAAAACCAGAUGCUGUUACCUUCGGGUCCUUCAUUUAUGGCCUUUGCAAGGGAGGCAAGAUAUCAGAAGCCUUCCAGCUGCGGAACCAAAUGAUUGAGAAUGGGAUUACUCCAAGUAUUGCCAUUUACAAUACACUACUUGAGGCACUGUUAAAAAGAGGGAAGUUUUGGGACAUUAUCUUGUUAUUGAAAGAGAUGGUGAUGGAGGGGUGUGAACCUAAUGCAGUUUCUUUUGAGAUUCUAAGCCGAACAAUUACGAAAGGUUGGAUGAAGGGAUAUCCUAGGGCUACAAAGCUUCUGGAGUUUUUCAUGUCUGCUAAUGGUGAGAAGAGACACAUCAUGGACUGAGAUAACUAGUUGAUUCACUUGGAGAAUUGGAGACUGUGAUGGUUUCUUUAAUUAUCCGGUAUUGCAACCUGGAUCCUCUCACUCAAAUCCAAGCUUUGUCUUGAUUGAGGUUCAUUGCAGACAAAAUUCCAAACUUUGUGAAAGGACCUGCUGUUACUAUUCAUGGAGUGAAACUACAAUGCUGGUGUCACUAGAGAGCCAAUGGAUGAAUUUUAACUUAAUCCAACACAUUUUGCUAAAAAUUAGGUCUUGAGUGAUCCGCAAAAAAGGGCAAUUUACGAUCAGUAUGGUGAAGAAGGGUUGAAAGACAUGCCACUGCCUGGUUCUGGUGGCAGCAGUGGGUUCCCCGAUGGGUAUAAUCCUCAGAAUGCAGAGGACAUUUU